UCUAAGAGUACGGAAAUUUAUAUCUAUGUAUUAUUUUUAGAAAAUAUUCAGUCGAAUAUCGUGUCACACUCAUCCUGUAAACUGAAUUUACGAACGUAGUUAGUGGCUCGUGUCACUUAGCGAGAGAUAAACAAUCGAAAAACGAUCGAGAGAUAAAUUUAGAAUUUCCGUGUAGGCUUUCAUUUCAGUGUGUGUUUUGUCUCAGGUGUCAUGGCAACCACAGAUCUGUUCUUUACACUACUUAAUUCUUUCAAGAUAACAUCAUUCAUUGAAAAUUCAACAAGGAUUAUAAAUCCUUAAUUAAUUCAAAUCAAUUCGAGCAUUUAUAAAGAACGAACAAUGGUCUUUAAUGAUGGAGUAUAAUAUAAGCAGUAGUAAUGGAGUAACUCACGAAAAUGGCUCGAAUUCAGAAAAUGCUAGCACGGAAACAACAACCAGACAUUUGACGAGAGAAGAAAGAAUGCGUCUAGCAAACGAAUAUUACCAAACGUACGAUGCCAUGACUGGUGUAAGAAUAGCUGCCACCCUAGGAAGCAUCAUCACAUUAUUUACCGUGUUUCUUCUAUACAAAAGCAAAUGUCGAAUGGAUAAAGACGACAUAGGACAUUCAUAUAACUUUUCUGACAGUGAAGCCAGUGAAUAUCCACGAAUGAACAGUGAUGGAUUUAUCCAGCUGCCUCUGAAUCCAGAUCAAAAUGAUGAAGAUUAUUCAUUUAUAUGUUCUUCCAGUCCAAAAACACAUCGAGAGUCAUCCCCCAUCCGCAAUGACAGUUUAGAAUCUUUAAUUGAUUACAAAUCUGUUAAAACUAACAUCAAUCAUCUACCCUACACAAAUUCUCCUGAUAUGAAUACAAAUUUAUCUGCAAUUCAAAAUACGUGCGAAUGUAGUUCGUGAUUUCUCUAGCAAUAAACUGUAUUUUAUGUGAAAGGGUUUCAAGCAGUAUAUUUUAAUGCGAACUAUUUAUGUCUACAUACAGAUUCAUAUAAUACAAUCGAUGUAGGUUUUCAAUAAAAUGUAAUGAUAUCUACAUAAUGAU